AUGAUGCCGAAGAGAGAGCCCUGGGUAGUCAAGGGCAGAUUCGUGGAUGGAAAUUAUUUUGAUUACCUCAUCGGUCUAAGCAUUGAGAAUGUUGAAGCCAUUCUUGCCCAAACUAUGGGUGAUCAAUCUGACGAUAAGUGCACAAAUUGCCAUUAUGGGGAGACUCCUUUCAAAGUGUGUGUUCAGGUCCCUGGGAUGGCAGCUUGUGCACCUUGUCACUGGGGAGGGCUCGGAUUUUGUUGCAGUUUCAACUCAGAAAAAGACAUAAGGAAAGCCUGCAACGAAAGAGUCAUUUUAUACCAAAACAAAUUUGGAAUAUCGAGCAAUCUCAACGAUGUGAAAAUGGAAAUCACCAGUGCUUGUCAAAAGCAUGAUGAGGAGAUGAAUCAGUUGGGUGGGUUGAUCGACUCGGCGGAGAUGCUGAGAGCAACGAUGGCCGUUCUUCAUAAGGAGCACACGAGGACAGCCAAUUUGGCGGACAAAAUUGAUAACGCCCAUGAUAUCUUGCUUCAAUCUACUAGGUGCGUUCUUGAUACGAUGAAAAAGAAGCCUGCGCGUCUCGAACAGUACAUCGAAGAAUGCAAGGACCUCUCUGAUAAGGUCGUUUAG